AUGUACACGGCCCUAGGUGGUGACGAGCUGAUUGGGCUGGUUGACCCUUCGGCGCGAGAACCUUCAGACCGAGAACCCUAAGUGCAACGAGGAAGAAAGCGAGGAACCGACUGGGAAGGACAGCAACGAGAGCGUGUACGAAGCGAAGCGGGUCGAGUUUAGUCGUGCUAGGACUGGCCACAGCGGCACCGGAGCAGCAGUACCGGAGCAGCGGAACCGGAGCAGCGGAGCCGGAGCAGGCGGACGGCAUCGAACCGGGGCACACGGACAAACAUCUCUUGUAUUGUCAAUUAUUUUUCCGUUUUUUUCCCUGAAUACACGUGUUGGGUGUGUGUAAUGACGUCACUGGCUUUGUAGAGAGACGCGGCAGAGAUGGCGCGGAUAACCCGGGUGCCUUAAUUGUGUACCUGCAUCGUGGAAGACCCCUCCAAUUUGGAACGAUUCCUAGUCAUUGUCGAUGUUUAUUUACACUGCUGUGCCUAACACAGAUGAUCUGGAUAGAUUCGGGUGAUAGUCAAUUGCAAUGAUGGCUUUGGUUGGGCGUUCUUCUUCAUUGUAUGUCCACAGACUCACUCUGACAGCGCUUCAGACAGCAGCUCCAUGCCCCGAGCUUGUGUACCAUGCACCAUGGUGUUAUUAUUGUACAGACAGCACUUCAGACAGCAGUACGCUGUAGUCGACAAACAUUCAUUUUGGUCAAACGCGGGACAAGGGGAGUGAUGCUGCUGCUGUAGUUGAUUCGUAGUGUGUGGGCGUGUAGUUCAGUUGUGAGCACGCAAACGUGCUGCAGGGAUUGCAGGUGUACCUCCUCGGGCUUUUGUACCCUUUCCUUGCUAAUAGUGUGUGUGUUCUUUAGAUCUUCUGAUGGCUCUAGCAUUUUUGUGACCACGGACCGAGUCUUUGCUAGAUUUUGGGAUUAGCAACUGCACGAGUUUACUGUGAAGAAAACAACA